GUGGCGCUGCCCACUCGGCCCGGCGCUCGGGGAGGCGCGCGAGGCCGUGGCCGGGUGCGCACCUGCCCCGCCUCCUCCAGGCGGGCCACGGGGCAUGCAGCCGGUCGGGGGCGGGGCUCCGAGGCCGGGAUGCGGCCCCGGGCUCCCCGGCAGCCUCCGCCAGCUGGACCCCGUCGCGCUCCUGAUGCUGCUCGUGGACGCCGACCGGCCGGAGCCCGUGCGCAGCGGGGCGCGCGAGCUCGCGCUCUUCCUGACCCCCGACCCCGGGGCGGAGGCGAAGGAGGUGGAGGAGACCAUUGAGGGGAUGCUCCUCAGGCUGGAAGAGUUCUGCAGCCUGACUGACAUGAUCAGGAGCGACACUUCACAGAUCUUGGAGGAAAGCAUCCCGCUCCUUCAGGCCAAAGUGACAGAAAUGCGUGGCAUCUAUGCCAAAGUGGACCAGCUAGAGGCCUUCGUCAAGAUGGUUGGGCACCACGUCUCCUUCCUGGAGGCCCACGUGCUUCAGGCCGAGCGGGACCGCGGGGCCUUCACGCAGGCUCUGCGGAGGUGGCUGGGCUCCGCGGGGCUUCCCUCCUUCAGGAAUAAGCCGCCGGCGCCCCUGCCCUUCGAGCUGCCCGCGCUGUACCGGACGGAGGACUACUUCCCCGCGGCCGCCGGCCAGGCCGCUCUGCGCACCCCCGGCCCCCGGCGCCCGCGCGUACGCCGUCUGUACUUCAUGUACCACGCGGAUGGGCGGACGGGGCCCACGCGGUGCCGUCUGUCUGUGUGUCGGCUUCCCUGGCUGACACGGCGCCUGUCGCUACAUGGAGAGGGAAAGUUAAUUGUUCAGACAAGCGGUGAGGAGACCAGUUUCCCAAAGGCCGAGUACAUGUGGCUUGCUGGCAACGCCCAGGCCUCUUUCCCUUUCGGGGCCCGAAGCAGGGGCCAGGGGGAGGUGAAAGGGAACGUCAUGUGA